GUUAAUAUGACUCAUUAUAGUAAACAUGGUAAUUUAUUUUUUCAUCUUAGAUCCCAGUGGUUAAUGGUCAAGAUUGAUUGAAAGACAAAGAAUAUCACAAGAAAUGCAAGAAAAGCAAGAGAAAGAAGAGUAGGAAAAUAGAAAGCGGUUAUACAGGUAUUAUAAUUCAAAUGAAAAUAGAGAAGAAUUGGAAAGAUUAAUUAAUGAAUAGAAGCAAUCAACUAUUCAGAAAACAAAAUAUGAUUCUGAAUUCGCUGGAGCUAUGCAAAAAUUCAUACAUGAGAGAGACAGUGUUGAACAAUUAAAAUUGUAGGAACUUAAAUAAAAGCAAUCUGAAUUUAUAAGAUAUAGUCUAGAAUAAGAAUAAAUAAAGAAAGAAUAAUAAGUAUCUCUAUUUUAGUUACAUUAAAGCGAUUGAACUUUCUCUAAGAAAGAUAAUAGCAAUUUUAAAUUGGAUUAAUGAUGGAUCAAGCAGAAAAAAAGGAUCUCUAUAUAAAAUAAUAGAGAAAGGAACAAGUGUAAAAAGACUUAGCAUAAUCUUAUGCUUAAUAAGAAGAAUAAAAAAAAAUGGAUUAAUACUUGGCCAGAUAGAGAGAAUAAGAGAUUCUCCAAGAACAAUUACAAAGAAGUUAAAAAGAAGAGGAGUAAAGAUUAUUAGUAAUCAAUUAUCAUUAUUAAUUAGCAUCUAAGUAAAAUUAAGUAUGGAUAUCAUCAGAAUGAAAAUGUUCUUUAGAAAUACAAUGAUCUUUAUUUGCAAAAAGAAUAUAGAGAAAAAGAACUUCAAAGAAAAUUUAUUGAAGAAGCUGCAUCUUAUAAGUAACGAUAAGAAGAAGAAAAAUAUAUCAUGGAGAGAGUGAAUAAGGAAAAAUUAAAGAGGGAUACUGUUGACACUAUCUUAAAUCAAAUACACUCUAAACAAUAGAGUUAAAGAGAACAAUAGAACAGCAAAUAUAAAGAUUAGGAAUUCUUACUUGGACUUCAUCAAAAAUUCCAAAUGCAAGAGAAAGAACAAAGUGAAAGGAGGAACCUAUAACAAUAAUAAUAUAGAUAAGAUUUAAUUAUGUAAAUUGAGGAAGACAAAAAUAGAAAAUAAUAGGAGGCAUCAAUGAGUAUGAUUGAAUUAAAUAUGAAUAAGAAAAUAUUUGAAGUACAAAUAUAUUCCUAUUUAAAUAGGCCGAAGAUGACCCCCAAUUAGCUGGUAUUGGAGUUGUUCCUGGAUUAUCAAAUCAUGUUGACCAUGAAAAACUCAAAUAAAAGUAAGUUGAUUUCUACCUUAUAGAGCAUAUGUGGAUGGCACAUUCAAAAAAUCGGCAGAAUAAUAGAUGCAAUUUAAGAGAUUAAGAAAUGUAAGUGCAUACAUUGCUGGUAAUAAUGUUACUUAAAAUUAUGGUUAUUGA